AUGGCUUCUAAACAACAAACAUCAAAGAAAAAGUCUGGUUCUAAGAACCAGAAGAACAAAAAGGGUUUGCAAGAACAACCUCAGGAAGAACCAGAACCUGUGAACGAAUUGCAACUGGACGAAGACGAGUCUGAUUCUGACUCUGAAGAAGAUUACGAAUCCGAUUCCGACUCCGAAGAAGAGCCAGAGCCUGAAGCAGCAGCUGAACAACCUAGUAAUGAAAAGGACAGCAAGAAGAAAAAGAAGAAGCAGUCCCAAUCGCAGAAAGCUCUUGCAAAGAUGACUCCAAAAGAACGCAAAAAACAGCAGCGACAAAUGGCCAAGAUGAGUGACGAUAAACCUCAACAGCAACAGGUGCAGCCGCAGCCGCAGCAGCAAGAGCAAGAUAAAAAGGAAUUACGAUUGAGACUUGAUUUGAACUUGGAGGUUGAUAUAAAAAUUCAAGCCAAGAUCCAUGGUGAUCUUACCUUGGCUUUGUUACUGUAA